AUGGCUGAUCAAAAGUUAACUAAAGCAAAAGUGAUUUUCGUGUUAGGUGGACCAGGAAGUGGUAAAGGUACACAGUGCGAGAAAUUGGUUCAAAAGUUUCAUUUCAACCAUUUGUCAAGUGGAGAUCUUUUACGCGCUGAAGUUCAAUCGAAUUCUUCUAGAGGUCAACAAUUAAAAGAUAUAAUGGAAAAGGGAGAAUUAGUCUCUUUGGAUAUUGUCCUAUCCUUAAUCAAAGAUGCAAUGGUUAAAUUGGUUGAUAAGAAUUGUUAUUUCCUUAUUGAUGGUUAUCCACGUGAAUUGGAUCAAGGUGUUCGAUUCGAAAAGGAAAUUUGUUCUUGUUUAUGCGUAAUUAAUUUUGAUGUGAGUGAAGAUGUAAUGCGUCAACGUUUAUUGAAAAGAGCAGAAACAAGUGGUCGAGUUGAUGACAAUGAAGAGACAAUUUUAAAACGUUUUCAUACUUUCAAUGAAUUAACAAAACCUGUAAUUGAAUACUACAAGAAACAAAAUAAAGUGAUCACUAUCGAUGCAUCUGGCACAGUGGAUAAGAUCUUUGAAAAUCUUAAUCAUGAACUUCAAAAAUUCGGUGUCAAAUAG